CAUCGCGCACGGUUGGGGUGGGGGGGUGACGUCAUCACGCUCGCUUUAACUUCGCGGGGCGCGAUAAUGUGAAGCGUUGAACCAUACGGCAUCAGCGGCCAAACAUAGAACUCGCUGUCGUUACUUUCACUGCGAUGAUCGCUCCCGUAUCGUGGGUCAACAAGGCCGCGUCGUCCUUCCCCCUGCUGCUGGUUCUCUUCGACCUGCAGUAUGACGGUGCGUGCGGUGCCAACACGGAGGUGGACAAGCACCUGGAGAUGGGCAAGAAGUUGCUGGCGGCUGGCCAGCUCGCAGACGCCCUGUCGCACUACCAUGCCGCCGUGGAGGGCGACCCGGGCAGCUACUUGACCUACUACAAGCGGGCGACCGUCUACCUGGCCAUGGGGCGGUCGAAGGCCGCCCUGCCGGACCUCUCCCGCGUCAUCGAGCUCAAGCCAGACUUCACGGCCGCGCAGCUGCAGAGAGGCAACGUCUUCCUGAAGCAGGGGAAACUCGAGGAGGCGCAGCAGGACUUCCUCGCCGUGCUGGCGAGCCACCCGGGAGACGAGGAGGCGGCGGCACAGAUGUCGCGGGCGCUGGAGCUGCAGCGCAUGUGGGAGGAGGCGAGGUCGCUGCACGAGUGGGGAGACCACCAGGGGGCAGUCUCCUUCCUCGACAAGAUCGUCGACUCCUGCCCGUGGGACUCGGACGUGCGGGAGCUCCGCGCCGAUUGCCACGAGCGGCUGGGCAGCCUUGGGAAGGCGAUCCAGGACCUGAAGCCGACCACGAAGCUUCGCAACGACAACACAGCCGCUCACCUGCGCAUCAGCCGCCUGCACUACAGCCUGGGCGAGCAGGACGACUCGCUAGCGGAGAUCCGCGAGUGCCUGAAGCUCGACCCGGACCACCAGGAGUGCUUCGCCCACUACCGCAAGGUGAAGAAGCUGUGUCGGCAGCUCGAGGCGGCCGAGAGCCUCAUCGCUGAAUCCAGGUACGAGGAGGCGGUGGCCAAGCUGGAGGCGGUGAAGAGUACCGAGGCCUCGGUGGCCGUGUACGGAGCGCGUGCCGACGAGCGUAUCUGCCAUUGCCUCUCUAAGAGCGAGGAGCGGACGGUGGAUGCGGUGCGAGUGUGCAGCCUCGUGCUCGACAGGGACCCCGACAACGUCAACGCCCUCCGAGACCGCGCCGAGGCUCACAUUGCGAGCGAGCAGUACGAGGAAGCGGUGGCUGACUACGAGCGUGCGAGGGGGGUGGAUGAAAAUGCUCCGGGCGUUCGGGAGGGCCUCGAAAAGGCUCAGAAGCUCCUCAAGCAGUCUCAACGCAGGGACUACUACAAGAUCCUCGGGGUCAAGAGGUCUGCCAAGAAGCAGGAGAUAGUGAAGGCGUACCGCAAGCUGGCGCAGCAGUGGCACCCGGACAACUUCCAGUCGGAGUCCGAGAAAAAGAAAGCCGAGAAGCACUUUAUUGACAUCGCGGCGGCCAAGGAAGUCCUCACAGACCCCGAGAAGAGGAGCAAAUUCGACGCCGGCGAGGAUCCCCUGGACCCCGAGAGCCAACAGGGCGGCGGGGGGAACCCCUGGCAGAGGGGGGGCGGCGGCGGGGGUGGCUGGCACCCCUUCCCGGGGGGCUUCAACCCCUUCGGCUCCGGGGGACCCCAAUUCAAGUUCCACUUCAACUGAGGACAACAUCCGGGCCCCACCUCCGUACACCACCCCCCCACCACCACCAUCGCCACCACGCGCCCAUCCGCUCCGGUCCACGCUCGGAGAAUCCGGUCCGGAUGUUGUCACCCCCCGACCCCUCCACCCGCAUCCCCGUCCCCCCCACCCCCGUCCCUCCGACUUUUCCACGUUUUUCUUUCACCGAUUCAGCGAGGACCCCUGAGUGGCACUUUGGGAACGAACCAUUUUCUUCUUUCGAGUUUCGCGGUCGGCCGGCUGAUCGACCGGCCGAUCGGCUGACCGGCUGACCAGCCGACCCAUUGGCUGACCGGCUGACUGGCUGACCAGCAGGCUGACCGGCUGACUGGCUGUGACCGGCUGACUGGCUGACCAGCAGGC